AUGGCUCUCAUGAAGCGCUAUGCUUUGCAUACGAUCAUUGCAGCUACAUUCCUCUAUUUGCUCUAUUCUCUAAGCUUUCCAUACCAGCAGCCAGAUAACACUGCUGGAGGCCGACAGCAGCACAAUGAUCAGCAUCAGCAGCAGUCACAGCCCCCAGGGCAAGGGCAGAAGCCAUUGAGGGCAUACGAUUGGGCCAACAUACCAAUGAAACACCCUAUCCGGUCCAUGACAGCUUUUCCUACUGCAGCACCGAGGCCUUUACCAAAAGUUCAAUUCGACUUCAAAGAAGAAGAUGCGACAGCUAAGAAUAUACGAGAGCGCAGACGCAACGAAGUAAAACGGGCUUUUGAGAAAUGCUGGACAAACUACCGCAUGAAGGCUUGGAUGCACGACGAGUUGUCACCGAUAUCCGGCGAGGCACGGGAUCCUUUUGGAGGUUGGGCAGCCACCUUGAUCGAUGCGCUCGACACCCUCCUGAUCAUGGGCUUGAAGGAGGAAUUCACGUCUGCAAUUAAAGAUGUUGAAAGAGUCAAUUUCGGCCGAACCCCGAUGGAUCAAAUCAACGUUUUUGAGACGAACAUUCGACACCUUGGUGGCCUAUUGGCGGCAUAUGAGCUGAGUGGCGAGGACAUACUUCUGAAGAAGGCAAAGGAAGUGGGUGACAUGAUUUAUCAUGCAUUUGAUACUCCCAAUCACAUGCCGGUCACACGGUGGGAUUUCAAUAACGCAGGUAGUGGGAAAGAGCAGAUUGCUGAUGAAAAUGUGCUUGUUGCUGAGAUAGGAUCGCUCACAAUGGAGUUUUCUCGACUUUCUCAACUCACGGGUGACCAUAAAUGGUAUGAUGCAACAACACGCAUUACAAAGAUUCUCGCGCAACAACAGGGCUCUACGAAACUCCCAGGAUUAUGGCCCAUUGUCAUCAAUGCAAGGAAGGCUGAUUUCUUCCAUGGCACUGGGUUCACUCUUGGAGCUAUGGCCGAUUCAGCAUACGAAUAUCUGGCGAAAACCUAUGCUUUAUUAGGCGGUGUGGAACCACUAUAUCAAGCCAUGUAUGAGCAGGCAACAGAUGCUGCGGUGAAACAUCUCGUAUUCAGGCCAAUGACUCCAGAGGACGCUGAUAUACUUGCUGUUGGAUCUAUACAAACCGAGGGGUCUUCGACCACUUUGAACCCAGAGCUGCAACACCUUGGCUGUUUUGCUGGCGGUAUGUUUGCACUUGGUGGUAAACUGUUCGACAAAGUUGAACAUGUUACAAUUGGCAGGAAGCUUGCCAAUGGAUGUGUCUGGGCCUACAAAGCAUCUCCGGCUGGGAUCAUGCCUGAGGUUUCACAUCUGCACCAGUGCCCAAGUCCGGAUAAUUGCACGUGGAGUGAACAGGCCUGGAGGGAUGGAGUUACUAGUCGGGCGGAUCUGACAGGAACGGAGAAGGACCCUCUUCAGAACAUCGCCAAUCUACGUCUCCCACAAGGAUUCACUGCAAUCGACGAUCGCCGGUAUAUUCUCCGCCCAGAAGCUAUCGAAAGUGUCUUCAUCCUCUACCGUAUUACUGGUGAACAGCAGUGGCAAGCAGCGGCUUGGGACAUGUUCACUGCCAUUCAGCGUCACACGGAGACAGACAUUGGAAAUGCCGCUCUCAGCGAUGUAUCGACAGAUAAUCCGCCGAAGAUGGACUCUAUGGAGAGCUUCUGGAUGGCAGAGACCUUGAAGUAUUUUUACCUUAUCUUUUCCGAUCCAGACGUCAUUAGCCUAGACGACUAUGUCUUCAAUACCGAGGCCCAUCCAUUCAAGAUCUCAAAGCCAUCGAACUAA